AUGUCUGAAACCCUCGCCUCAGCGGUCGCAGUGCCCGAGCAAACCACCCUCCAAAGUGCCCCAGAACCAACCACGAAACGCCGCAAGUCCUCCAUAACCGAACACGACUCCAAGCGUCGCCGACUCAGCACAGAAGCGGGCGAUAACACCUCGUACUCAGAGCGUCGACGACUAUCCUCCCAAGAGCUUGCUCCAGACCGGCCACCACCAGAAAGAAAGCCCUCUCGACAAGGUGCCGGACGCGAUGAGGAACGGAAACGCGGUCAGCGCUUAUUCGGCGGAUUGCUGGGCACGCUCUCGCAGAGUUCCACUUCGGCGGCGCAGAGGCGUCGUGCUGAUAUUGAGAAAAAGCAGCAGGAGAAGCUGAAGUCGCAGGCGGAAGAGUAUGGUGAACUUAAAAAGCAGAAGAGGGAACAAAGGGAUGCUAUCCGGAAGAAGGAGCACCCGCUGUAUGAACGCGAGGCGAUGCGGACGAGACAUGCGAAUAUGCUGGCCAUGGCGCAUUCUUUGAAGACCCGUACUAAGCCCGUCCUCUACUACAAACCGUGGCAGCUACGGCGUCGUGAUGAAGCAGUGAUACGGGAGCAAAUCGAGGACGCCGAAGCGACUGUUGCUCGAGAGGUCGCCGAGUUUGACGCCCGGUUCCCUCCUGAGACUACUCGAUCUGACACGUCGAGGCGCAAUUCAAAGGAAGAAGUCUUAAAGGUCGAGGGCCCAUCACAUAGUUCGGGGAAUGAGCAACAAAAUGGACCAUCUCACGAAAAAUCGGUCUUAGAAUCCGAAGCACAGUCAAACGAGGCCCCGAGCCUUUCUUCUGAGGCACCGAAAACAGUAGGUGGAGACGGUGCCCAGGACCAGGGCUCUGGUUCAGCUAAACCAGAUGAUACGCCUAUGAACGGGAGCGCUACUGUGCACGAUCAUAUUGAUGUACAUCGCGGCGCUGAUGAUGAUGGAGGUGAAGUUGUUGAAGACAACGAAGACACGGUGAUUUAUUAG